AUGUCUAGAGAAACUGCGAGGGGCACUCCUCGGUUACACCACAGUCCGGAGAGCAGGGGCGGAAUCUGCAGCUGUCACUCCAACGGGUUACCUCCAUUAUCACAUCCAGCCGGAGCCUGGAGAAGAAGACCAAGUGAUCGCUCUCUGGAAUCACAGGAGACACCAUGGGAGGGAAACUGAGCAAGAAGAGGAAGGGAUAUGAUGUGAGCGACCCCAAAGCGGCAAAGGAUGAGACCGCAGUGACAGCUGCAGGUGCAGAGUCUGCUAAAGCUGAGGCUGGAGCCCCUUCCACAGAAACUGUGUUGACAGCUGAAGCAAACAAUGUGGCAGCAGUAACUGAAGCUGUAAAAGCUCCAGAAGAGCCCAAAUCUGUACCUCCAGAGGAGCCAGCUGCAGGAGCAGAGGAGGCCGCUCCAGUGGCAGAAGAACCAGUUGCAGCAGCAGAAAAGGUAGCUCCAGUAGCAGAAGAGCCAGUUGCAGCACCAGAGAAACCAGCUCCAGAAGCAGGGGAAUCGGCUCCAGAAGCAGAGGAACCACCUCAAGCAGCAGAGGAACCAGUUCCAGCAGCAAAAGAGGCAGUUCCAGUAGCAGAAGAACCAGCUGCAGCAGCAGAUGAACCAGCUCCAGUAGAGAAACCAGCUGCAGCAGCAGAGGAACCAGCUCCAGUAGAGAAACCAGCUGCAGCAGCAGAGGAACCAGCUCCAGUAGAGAAACCAGCUGCAGCAGCAGAGGAACCAGCUCCAGUAGAGAAACCAGCUGCAGCAGUAGAGGGAGCAGCUCCAGUAGAGGAGCCACUUGCAGCAGCAAAGGAACCAGAUAGAGUAGAGGAACCAGUUGCAACAGCUGAGGAAUCAGCUCCAGCAGAGGAGCCAACUGCUCCAGCUGAGGAACCAGCUGCAGCAACAGAUGUACCCGCUCCAACAGCAGAGGAGUCAGCCCCAGUUGCAGAGGAACAAGCUCCAGUAGAGCUCCCAGAGGCUACAGCAGCAGAACAUGGGUCUGCAGAUGCACCUAAAGAGCUGCCUGUAGAGGAACCUGCUGCAACUGUAGAAUCUGUGCCAGAACCAGAGGUUGUUCUUGCCAGCACAGAGGAAGCACCCAAGGACGAAGAGCCAGAUCCCAUCCUAGAGACUGUUACUGAGCCAGAAGCCACUGUGGAGGAGUCUGUUCUGUCUGCUGCUGUCCCUGAACCCGAGCCAGUGUCCGAGCCAGCUGCAGAGCCAGUGCUGGAGCAAGCCCCAGAACCAGAGCAAACCCUUGGGCUAGAGCAAGCAGCACAGCCAGAGCAGGAACCAGACCCAGAACCUGAACCAGAGAAAGCCCCAGAGCCAGAACUUGUACAAUCACCAGAGCCAGAACCAGAGCAAGCACUAGAGCCAGAGCUAGAGCCAGAGCAAAAGGUUGAUGCAGAAGAAUCUGCAGCAGAGGAACAAGUAGAAGAAGUUAAGAACGAGCCAAUUGUAGCCACAUCUGACAUUACUGAACUUCAGACUGUGGAGACUGCAACAGAGGAGGUCCCCACUGAUCAACCUGUAGAUGAGGAAUCUGUUGCAACAGAAGCAUCCGGCACUGAGGCGGCACCUGAGCCUGAAGCAGUAGAACCUGUCCCUGAGAUUGUCAUCUCAGAGUCUGUCUCCGCCAGUGAAAUCACUGCUGAGUCUGACGAGGUAGCUGAAGCAUCUGUGGAAGAGGUGCCUUCUCAGGAGCCUGAGGCAGAAAGCAAUGGGAAUUUAGAGAGCCCUUCUGUUACAGAGGAUGUGGCAGAAGUAGAUGCACCUCCAGCUGUAAACGGAGAGUGCACAAAUUCUGCUGCAGUGGAGACAGUGGAAUGUGUUAAUGGUAAUGAAAAGCCAGAGGAGACACCUAUCAAGGAGCAGAGUGACUUUGAACUGAAAAAGGAUGUGAACCUGAGCGCUGAUGUCCAGGAAGUUCCCGACGCAGUCUCCGACAUGGUGGAGGGCGUCGCCACUGAGGUCACCCAGGCGGUCUGAAAAGAAGUCACCAUUCAAAUCAGAGUGAAUUCAGCUUAAUCCUCCAACGCGAGAAAGCCAUCAAGGUAUCACAAAAACAGCUAGGCUUUCUGGAAUGCUGUAACCACCGCAAUGUCUAUAGUGGUAACUCAGGCAAAAGGAUGUUUUCUUUUGAGUAACCAAAAAUGAAAUGCAACCACUUUAGGAUAAAAAGAGAGACAGACAGGCAGACAGAGAGAGAGAGAUAGGAAGUGCAGAGAGGAGUUUGGAAUUUGAGGCUGAAUGCAGGCGGACAGUGAAACUGGACAGCAGAGCAACAAUAAUGGACAGUAAAUAUGAUAUUGACGAAUGAAAUGAAUAAAUCUGUCUUUGUGUGUGAGCCUGAUGAAUAUUACAAAGUGGUUUAUUGGAACAGCAUCCAUUAUUAGUAUGUUACCUGAUUUAGAAUGUCAUAUAUCCUUUCUAUUACUAUAUGCAGAGACCUGACAUUAAUGUUUUGGCCUUUUAUAACAAUGGUAUCUGCAAGGACUGUUCAUUUUAAAUUGAUUGUUCGGGAUAGAGAAUAAAAAGAGAUUGUUAUAGCC